AUGGCCAACAGAUCAACGACCAACCACCAAGCAACUGAUGAUUUCUUCACCCUCACCUGCCGGGUUGGUGCCAAACGUGAUCCGCCGGACUACACUCCCAACGGCACCGCAGAGGACGCACCCCAGGAAUCUCAACUUGGCCCCUUGCAGGCGCCAGAGGGGCAAUCUUGCAGGUUGUUCUAUGAAGACUCCGAUGGCGAAGAUCUGGCAAGCCCCUCGAUCGAAGCUUCCCACUCCGCCAAUCAAAACCCUCCAGGCCCCCCUGAUGGCGGGAAUCCAAACGCUACUGCUGCAAAUGCCCCGGCCAAUCCCUCCCCCCGCGGUCGCACCUCCGGCCCCGCUGUCGGCAAUGCUCGUCCAAACCCGUCUUGCUCCCCAGAUGGCUCCACGGCUUCCCCCCUGGCCAGCCGUGGGCCCAUCCCGCACCCCGCUGCCGCCGCCCGCGUAUUCCUCCCAGCCCCUGGAGAUUGGGUCUUCUCUGCCCCGCGCAUUACGUCCACUGGCCGAGUUAUCCCUCCACGCCUCGUCUCCAACCCGUCCCCGACGGCGCCCGCCUCUGUCCCUGUGCAAGCCGCGGAGACGGCCACGGCGUUGGGACCCUCUCCGAAUCAGUCGGAUUCUCCCACCCCUGCAAACGGGGCACGUCACGUGGCCUCUGGCUUGGGCUCCCCACCCAGCCCAAGCGAGGAACUCCCCUCCCCAUCGCAGCCCGUCGACCCUGAGGAAUCUCCCGCACAACCCAUCAUGGGCCCCUCCCCGGAAAUCUGA